UUUACCCGGAAGUGACGCCGGGUUUGAGUAGCACGUGUGUAGGAAAGCGUGAAGAGGCAGAGCCAUGUGAGAGUUCUGGUGAGUUUAUACAGGAGUUUAGAGAGUUUUGAGAGGUUUAUUUAUUUGUGUAAAAGGUGACAGUGGUCAUGUCGGAGUCUGGGAGUUACCCGCCCCCGGAUUUCAGCUCUCCAGCUCAGGGAGCUCUCCUCAGACCACCGACCUUCCACUGGAGCCCCCAACAACAACCAGCAGCACCAGCAUCAGGAGCAGCUCCAGACAAGUUCCAGGCUUCCAGAGACUGGAGCUGGAGCCCGACUGCUCCUCCAGCAGCUCCCGCAGCAGCAGAUCCCUGGACCCCCUACCCCACUGCUCCCUACAGCGGGUACCAACAUCCGUACUAUCAGAACUACGGGCAGCAUCGAUAUCCAGGUCCGCAUCAUAAUAAUAAUCGAUAUGGACGGCAAGGCCACGGCCAAAACCAGUGGGGUAAAAAGCAGAAAAAGCAGAAAGAACCAGAGUUCAGUCACUUCUGUGACACUUGUGAUCGAGGCUUUAAAAACAAAACCAAGUAUGAUGAGCACAUUGCCCAGCAUGUGAAGUGCUCAGUUGAGGAUUGCACAUUUACUGCGCAUGAGAAGCUCGUCCAAAUCCAUUGGAGAAAUAACCAUGCUCCUGGAGCAAAGCGAAUCAAAUUGGACACUGCAGAGGAGAUUGCAAAAUGGAGAGAGGAAAGGAGAAAAAACUACCCAACCCUGAGCAACGUGGAGAGGAAAAUUAAGGCCAUGGAGGUUAAAGCACAAAGGGGAGAUGUGCUGGAGACUGCCCAGUUUGGUAAUUUUAAAAGUCGUGGUGGACACGUCCAGAAUCAGAGCCGAGGUGCAUAUAGUGGCCAGCAACAUGUACAACCAGCAAAUGCGCAGCAGCAGCAGCAGCAGCAGCAGCCACCAGCUCCUGUACGUCCUCACCCAGAUGGAGAUCCUCUUGGAGUUCUGGCCAACAGUGACCCAGAUUCUGAAAAAGAAGAACCUGUGAAGGAGACGAAAGCAUCCAUUUCUGUGGCGCCCAAAAAUAUGACUUCUGCUCUGGGAUCACUGAUGUCCAGCUAUGGAGGAGACAUGACCGAGAGCGAGGAAGAAUCAGAUAAUUCCCCUCUCUUGAAAACAGCUCAGGCUUUGGAGGAGAACAAGGCCUUGCUGGCAGGUCUUUCUGUUCCUGCUCAGUACAGUGCACAGAGUCUUAACAAGGAACCACCAAUCAGGCAAUCUGAGACUGACCACCAAGCACCUUAUCCUGUCUCAGACCAGAGAAACAGGUGGUGUGGCAGAGGCAAAAGGGGGCGUGGCCGUGGUCGUGGUAGGGGUGGAAGAGGUGGUAAUAACCCCACCAGUGUUCCACAGAACCGUCGCCACACCCUUUUAGAGAUGUUGUUGGCUUCCGACAUUCGCCAUGAAAGAAACGUUGUGCUUCAGUGCAUUCGCUUUAUUGUGCGUAAAGGAUUCUUCGGACUCGCUUCUGAUAACUGUAACCCAAUGAUGUCUGAAACUGCAGCAGUAAGUACGAAUGGACUGAUGACUGAUAAAGAGGACUGUGGAAGUGGUGUAACAGAGGGAAGUGUCACUGAAACACAGCGUUCGCUUGUGGUGAAUGGUUGUCAGGCAAGUCAGACACAGGAAAAGAAACUUUCCUUUGAGUCACCGGAUAACCAGAGACAUUACACAGAAGAUCUAAAGCUCUGCAGUAGGGCGGACUCCAGUAGAGUUAUUCGAAGCCUAUCAGAAACCCAUCAGCCAAAGGGACUUCCAGUUUUAAAUGUGAAUAGCUCACUAGCUGAUAAAUGUUCCAGCAAGCUACCACAGGAUGAAGAUCAAUCCAGCAAGCCCACAGACAUAGUAGAUCUGUAUGAGCACUGCCAUACAUCACAAAAUGCACCACAGCAGGAGGAUUUAAAGGUUUCAAUGAGCUCGAGUUCUAAUGAACACACAUCCCAGCAGUCUAUUCAAGAAAAUAUUACACUCCAAGGACUUAAGAACGAGUGUAAUGUUUCAUUGGCUGAAGAGGCAGCUGAGCACGAUGAGGCAAAAAUGCCUAAAGAUGAAGAGAAGCAUGUUCGCCCCAUCAUAUCAAUAUACGAUGAUGAUAUCUGGGAGCUCCCAGGGGUCACCAGUGAUGCCAUAUAAAUGACUUUGCAAAAUAAUUUGUAAUAAACUGUUUGAGUUUGA